UAUCUUCUUUUAUCGGAACAGAAGUGUUAACUUAUCAAUUACAUUGUAUUCGCGAUGACGUCAUAUAUGAUAACCGGAAACGGUUAUCAACGUUUGGCAGGUGCGAGUAAGGACUAAUGUAACGAGAUAAGGUACCCAGGGUUCCAUUCGGGAAAGUGGAAUAGCAAAGUGAACUGUUAAUUAACGCAAAAUGGGCACCAUCAUGACUAGAAGGAUUUUAUUGUUUUGUUUAUUUUUUGUAAAAGCAGCUGCAUAUAGCGUCUGUCCCUUUCACGUGGAGUGCAUACCCGGAUGUCUAAAAUUAGAUGAACGCGGCUGUAAAUUGUGUGCCUGCGGUCCAAUGAUGUUUCACCCUGGGGCAGGUUACCAUGGUAUGCCAGGGGGAAUGAUGGGCGGGGCGAGAUUCACACCCGGAACACUAGGUGAAGGAAAUAUGUUCGGCGGUGUCCAGGGAGGAUCCCACAACAGCGGAGGGUAUCAUGCUGUGAAAGAAAAACCUUUAAAAGAAUGUACUGGCACGAUGUUAUGUAUUAUGACAUGCAAGGGACACUACUCUCUCAGUAAAGACGUUCAGAGUAACGGUUGUCGUUCUUGCACAUGCCCGAAAGAGCAAACGCACACACAAGUUCAAGUUGUAGUCGAAAAACCCCAACCGAAGCCGCAACCGAAACCCCAACCGAAACCCCAACAUAUCACGCAGACACAGGUGGUGUAUGUACAGAAACCAGCCACGCACACAGACUGUACGGGAACCAAGUUAUGCAUGAUGACGUGUAAAGGAAAAUACGUUCUUGGAGAACACGGAUCUGACGGUUGCCAAUCAUGCGCGUGCAUCCCAGAGCCAGAACCUGUAGUUAUACAACCGGUUGAGAAGAAGGAAUGUCACGAGACAGUCAUGUGUAUGUUGUCAUGUAAACACGGCUAUUCCCUCUCCCCCAAGUGUAACGAUGGCUGUCACGAUGAAUGUCAGAAAUGCACGUGCGUCGAGCCCACACCGAAGCCAGUUAUCGUACAGACGCACAAAGUGGAAUGCCCUAAAACUUUACAGUGUAUGUUACAAUGCAAGAACGGUUACCACCUCGGCUCGGCCGGUCACGACGGGUGUCCUACAUGCAGUUGUUUAGCACCUCAGCCAGUGGUACAAGUUGUAUAUGAAGUGAAGUGUUCGAACGCCUUGUCUUGUCCACGUGGAUGCUCGGUAGGAUAUAAAUGCGACAAAAAUGGCUGUCCGACCUGCGAAUGCAUCGCUCCACAAGUUGUCGGCGUGCUAACAGUACACGAGAUACACACCACACAGCAAGUCACGUGCAAGUCUGCUCUCACGUGCCCCAAAUCAUGCUCCCUUGGUUACAAAUGCGGGACAGACGGAUGUCCAACAUGCCAGUGCUUAGUUGAAGUACACACGGAUGGGUGCAAGGACGGGUGUGACACGCACACUUCAAACGGAAACUCCGUUACAUCAACGACCGGAAGUAAUGGAAAUAAUGGGCCUUUCAAUAAUGGAGGCACUGGAUCCGGUCCAUUUAACGUAGUAGGGGGUGGAAGUACGACAACCACUGGCGGAAGUGGGUACGGAAACGGUCCAUUCAACAUGGCGACGGGAGGUUCUAAUGUGGGAGGGUCAGGAACGGGUCAUUUUAGUCCUUCGACCGGGUCAGGAUCAAUUGUUCCAAGUGGUGGUAAUGUAGGUCCAUUUUCCAGUGCAUCAUCAGGCGGAAAUGGCAAUGGAGCAGGCCCAUUUUCUGGUACAACUGCAGGCGGAAAUGGCAAUGGCGCAAGGCGUGGUAAUGGCAAUGGAGCAAGCCCAUUUUCUGGGACAUCCACAGGCGGAAAUGGCAAUGGCGCAGGUCCAUUUUCUGGUGCAACCGCAAGUGGAAAUGGCAAUGGUAAUGGGGCAGGCUCAUUUUCUGGUGCAGCAACAGGCGGUAACGGCAAUGGAGAAGGUCCAUUUUCUGGUGCAACCGCAAGUGGAAAUGGUAAUGGGGCGAGUCCAUUUUCUAGUGCAGCCACAGGUGGAAAUGGAAAUGGAGCUGGUCCAUCGUUUGGGUCACCAACAGGAGGAAGCGGAAAUCUUAACCAAAUAAAUGGGGGUGGCGCAGGCUUGGUCACACAAUCUGGUAACUUUAAUGGUAUAGGUCAAGGGUCAGUAAUUGGAGGUGGUGGCAAUGGACCUGUUACCGGUUCAAGUGGCGGUACUAGUCCAUUUGCUGGGACAGCGACAGGAAAUGGCGGGCUAGGAUUAGGUAAUAGACCAACUAACGGUGGAUCAGGACCAUUUGCUAACGGUUUAGGGAGUAAUUGGCAAGCUGGCUCGGGUAAUGGAAAAGGAUGGGCAUCUGGCGGAACAUCUGGUCCAUUUGCAAACGGUCAAGGGAGCGGUUCGACAACAGGUCAAUUCCAUAACAUGAAUGGUUCUGGAUACGGAUUUAAGCCAUCUAACGGUAUGGGUGGUUCAACCAUGGGCUUUGGUUCUGGAGGAAAUUCACAAACCGGUACGAGCUCCGGAUCUAACGUAGUUCAAGGUAAUAAUAACGGAAUUCAUUCAGGAAGCGGAAGUAUCACACAAACUGGCGCUAAUUUAGGAUCUGGAUUGGCAACAACCAAUCAAAUGGGUACAGCUCCUGGUACUGGCGGGAAUGGUCCAUUCAGUAUGACACCAAGUACAGGAGGCCCAAAUAAUAGUAGUGGUCUACCGAUGAGCCCGUUUUCAGCUGCAGCCGGAGGAAAUGCCAACGGUGGUCCCUUUUCCGGAGCAAUUUCUGGAAAUGGAGGAACAAACGGAGGUGGAAAGGGGCCGUUUGCAAGUGGUUUAACUGGUGGAAAUCUUGGCUUCGGAGGAAAUUUUAAUAUUAGUAAUACUGGAAGUAAUACUAACGGAGCAGGAGCUGGACAUUUAACUGAUGGUUCUGGUGGUAAUAUUGAACAGACUAUCGGUGGAUACGGUACAGGGCCUUUUGUUGUGAAUGGCAACGAAAUGACAGGUUUUGGUACGACAUCCGGUACUGGGCCGUUUAACGCAAUGACGAAUGGUCCAUUUUCUUCGGCUGGUAACGGUCAACCAUCUACUGGAACAAGCAAUCAAACAAGUGGACAGUCAAACACUGAUCUUCUAAAAAUUAUUAAAGACUGUCCAGAAGUUAUUAAAUGUAUGCAGUCAUGUACAAAUGGAUACAACCUUGACACGCUUGCUUCUCGGGGAUGUCCUUUAUGCACAUGCGCAGACAAUUCCGGAAGCGGCCCUGGAAACGGAAAUAUCAUUCAAGAAAUGGCUGAUGCCCCAACCGGAUGCUCAAAACAUUUUAGAUGCACCUCUUGUGGAACGGGCAAACACCAAGGUUUUGCUAGUGACAAGAAAGGAUGUCCCAUUUGCAAAUGUGUCGGGCAGCAAAAUGGAACGCAGCAUGACAAAGGAGGUCGAGUAUUAGACAUAACAGUUAACUGUGAAGGGGACUUCACGUGUCCAAAAAGUUGUCGCAGUGGUUACCAGCAAGGAAAAGAUGGCUGCCCGACAUGUGACUGUAUUUCCGUGACAAACGUGAAGCCAGUGGUUUUAAAACCAACUCCAGCUCCAGUGGCUCCAGCUGUAAGUACAAUGGUCAGUAAAUGUCCGGCAACAAUCCAGUGUAUGUCUACAUGCGAACAUGGCUACACCCUCGGUACCGAGGGACGGGAUGGCUGCCCAAGCUGUGCCUGUAUUAACCCUAAAACAAGUGAAUGCCAUGACGUCUGCGCACACAAGCCCGCUGUUACUGUUCACUCCUGCGACGCUGCCCUUCAAUGUAUGGCGUCGUGUACAGACGGAUAUGUUCUUGGAGAAACCGGAAGUGACGGAUGUCCCAGGUGCACGUGCAAGCAAGUUCAAUGUCAUACCGGAUGUGAGGAAACACACCAUCAGGUAAUACAGUUGGUACAGACGGAACAUAAAUGCACUGAAAAUUGUGGACAAACAAGUGGUCAAGUCAUUCAUCUGGUUUCCGGUGGAUCACUGACGUCAUCAGGCGGUUCUAUUUCCGGUGGCGGAAGCGGAACAAGCGGUGGAGGUACAAUAGGUGGCGGAGGAACUAUGACUUCCGGCGGAAGUGGUGGUUCUAUGAUGUCGGGAGGUGGUGGAAUGACGGGAGGAGGUGGACAGUGUCCGGCAUUGCCUCCUAAUUGUCAUCCAUAUUGUAUAAAGUAUGACGUGGCUCAUUGUAGACGAUGUGAAUGUGACAACAAUGCAUCCGGAUCAUAUGGCGGGUAA